CGAAACCACCGAAGCACAAGCACGUGUAGUCUGAGCAUUUGUUUUGCAUCGUUGCGGUUUGCUUCCUCGGGAGAUGGUGAGGCUCUCACAUGGAGGCAGAGUGUGAGCAGGUCCAUGGAGGUGGUGGUGGUGAGGAGGAGGAGGAGGCAGGAGCAGAUGAAGCCAUGCUGUGGUCCUUCCAGGAGGCUGUGGAGAGGCAGACCCUGCAGAUAGGAGCGUCAGCCUGCGGGGCCACAGCUGUGGUGGACGUGCUGAAAGCCCUCGGCGUGGAUGUGGCCCCUGAGGAAGCAGACCGCUGCGUGCAGACCCGCCUGAGGAGGAACGAGUCCCCGCUGCCCGACUACCUGCUGUCCCGGAGUGAAGCCGGUGCGACUCAUUCUCAGCUCAUCCAAGGAGCACAGGAGGCCAGUAAGGGGAAGGUAGCAGGUCGCUUCUUCCACUUUCACCCUCGGCAGCGGCUCAGACUGAUCCCCUGGCUCGCACGCUGGAUCCGAAAGGGCGCCGUUCCCGUCGCCACCAUGAACAUGCAGCUGGCCGUGCCCGAGGGAGAGGAGGUGCCGGACGCCUGGCACCAUCAGCUGGUAUUUGGCGUUGCACCCCAUGCUGUUUUCAUGACCAAUCCUUUAGAUGUAGGAAGUGAGGAAGAGGUGCACCAGAGACUCUGCAGCGAAUCUGUGUUGCUGAUUCGUCGAGAAGAUGUCCUACAGAGACUGACGCCAGAUUGCUGUCUGUCCAGUUUAUCAGAGAGUCAGUCUGACCCGCGGUGGAAAGCCCUGGAUAUCGAGGGUCAAGUGAGGCAGAUGGCCCUCGAAGAGGAACAGGAACCAGAUAGACCCAAGCUAGCACACAUCACGAUCCCGGCAGCGUACAGCUCAGGCGUCACACUGUUCGCCCUGCGAGGGUCACAGUUAGGACACAAACUCCUCCAUGCCCCUGAACUCCCUUUGCUGUGACGCUACUGCCACUCGUGCACUUGAAGACUUUUUAAUGUGACAUGAAACAGAUAACAUACUACUUUACUGAUCCUAGUGUUGAGGAUUAGCGGAUACCCACCCUGCUGACUGGAAGAGAGGGCGAACAAAACACAUGAUAUUGUAUGUGUACCGAUGACGCAGCUGUUGCACAUAGCAUGUUGGACACAUAUGAACUACGUAAACAUUUGCACAGUAUAAGAAUGUAUUACAGAUGUGUGCUGGUGCUAUGAAGGGACUAUAAAACCGUGCACCACAAAUUGCUGACACUCUUUGUUAACACAUCUGUUUUCUAACCUAAACUGCAGAAUCACCCUCCUGCACCGUUUGAAUCAAGUGCCCACAUGUGGGGCUUCAUUUGCCAGCUGUCAUCAAACACCUGCAAAUAUUUUCACCAACACAGUCAUCCGUGUUCAUUUCUAUGACAGGUUUUUAGAUUACAGUCCUGUGUGAGUUCAUUACUUGAGUUAAGCAUGUUUGAAAUAACGAGAGGAGCAAGCUGGCCGUCUUCUUUUUGCUCCAUCCAUGCCAUCAUGUCAUCCUGUAUUGACCAUCAUCGCUCACUGUGCCAGAACUUUCCCUCAUCUGCUGCUUCCAGCCCCUUAACUAGAGAGGCUCCCUAUUUGGCCGCUUCACACCGCCUUACAUUUAACUUUAGGAUUGACUUUCAGAACGUAUUGAUUUCUCUCAAGCAGUAAAUGGCAGAGCUCCAGUUUAUAUUUCAGCGCUGUAAUUGCUGAUGGUCCGAAGCUUAUAUCAGCAGACCAAACUCAUCUGAUUGCUCUAAAGCAGGGGUUCUUAACCUUUUUGACCUCGGGGCCCAACUUUUCAAAUACAAAGUGUCCCGGGGCCCAUUCAAAUA